AGGGAUACGGGAGUUUAAGGAUUGGAGAACAGAAAAGAAAUGGAAAAGAACUUGAGAUGAGAACGCGUCUGCGCCGCUUGUCGUGCUGCGAUGGGUUCAACGACCUUUAUGAUGGACUUUAAAGAUAAAGAAAGGAUGGGCGCCAAGUUGGGAAAAUCUCUUUUUGGAAAUACCCCGAUGAUAGGAAAGGAAAGGAACGCAAAGGAUAGGAACAGGAGUUUCGGCUCCGAUUACACUCGUUUUUAUAUGUACAUGCCGCACCCUUCGAUUCUACCGUAUAUAUUAGGGGACCUUUUUUGGACCUUUUGGAGAGGUUUUAUAGAUAUGGAAAUGACUUCUAAAACUUACCUCUACCUCUUCUUCCUGUUGUUGCCUCCCUGCUGUUCAUUAAGUGUUUACCAUCGUCGUCGUCGUCGAUGCGCCAAGAAACGUGUUUUGUUUCGUUUCGCAGAUCUUUUCGCGACCCCCUGGCAAAAACUCAAAAACCACACGCCAACGAACCGCGACUUGGUGUAUCCCUGGCCCAUGAGUAGUCUUCGUAAACGCCAACGUAGACGCCGCGUUUCAUGUCGAGAAGCUUUUCGUGUUGGCCAGUCGGGGUUCGUUCCUUUAAGAGAGGGGCGGGAUGGUGAGGUGAUGGUUCGUUGGGAGGGAAGGGAGGGAGGAAAGCUUGUUUUUGUGGGUGAGAAAAGGGGUUGGAAUUGAAGAGGGGUGAGUGUCACGUGAAUCAUGAGGUGUCGAGAGAGCUGGGGAUUGUGGGGAAUUAUGGAGGGAGAAGUGAUCUUUGAACUUGGGGUUUGAGAGACGAAUGCCCAGAUGAAUUUGUGAAAAGACUGAAAAAUUACUCUCUCAGAAGUUGUGAUUCGGAUUGGGACAACGCGGCCGUUUGGAAGAACAUCUCGA